CCUUGGGAGUUGGGGGACUGGCCUCUGGAAGUCGACGCGCUGGCCGCGGCUCGGCCGUCUCCGCCCCCUUCCGGGCAGCCAAUUGCAUCUAAGACGUCUGGCGCGCGCACGCUCCCUCGAGUUUAACGGUCGCGAGAGGCCGCUCGCCCGAUCGUAACAUCAGCAGUGAGAGCCGGGGCCAGACUCUCUCUGGAGCUUAGGACAUUUCACAGUUCUGAAUGUCAGCAACUGAAAAUGCCUGUAGACGAUGAAGCAUCUGAAGAUGACUCGGAUUCAGUUUCUUCAAACAGUGAAAGAAUCUGCAUUUCCAAACGAGAGAGUGUAACAAUUUCUGUACACUAUGGAAGAUUUUGACUUGGGGAAACCCUUACAAAAAGCGUCAUCUUCUGUAGAAUCCAAGAUAAAAAAUUCUUCCCAUUCUCUUGGACUGAACUUAAAUACUACUAAUAGAAGUAGUCCCCUUAGUACAAAUGGGGUAUCCUCUUUCUCAGGGAAGACCAGACCAUCUGUAAUUCAAGGUACAGUUGAAGUCCUAACCUCUUUAAUGCAAGAGCUACAAAACAGUGGAAAGACUGAUUCGGAACUUUGGAAAAACUGUGAGACCAGGUGGUUACAGCUAUUCAAUUUGGUGGAAAAACAAUGCCAGGAGCAGAUAGUUGCCCAGCAGGAACAGUUCCACAAUCAAAUUCAACGUAUACAGGAGGAGAUAAAAAAUUUAGUCAAAUUGCAGACCAAUAAUGCUUCCUGGGCUUCCUGUGAUAGAAGUUCUUUAAGCAAACAGAUAUCUUCAGAAAGUCAAAUGGGUUUUUUUUCUGAAAACAGUGAGAGAAAUGAAUCUGUUAUCAGUUUUCCUAAGUCUAAAGAACCUGAAAUGCAGCAAGAAACAUCCACAUCACAACAAGACUGCAAUGUGGAUAGUAGCUCAGUGAGCAGUGGGUAUGGUACCUUUUGUGUCUCAGAACUAAAUACCUACAAAUCUAAGGCCGCUCAAGAGUGCAUGGAGCACGCAGAGGUUUCUGAAGGACAGUUUGGAGCACCUGUGGUGCAGACAGAGUCGCUUGCAGAUGGUGUGAAAGACCAGAGUUUUUAUAUACAUACUAAUGAAGAGUUUUGCGCAUCUUUAAAGGAAUAUAUUCCCAUUUUUCCUGGUGAAUUUGAACACAAUUUUCUUGGUGAAAAUAAGAUUUCAGAAGUAUACAGUGGAAAAACAAACAGUAAAUCGAUAACAUCAUGGGCUCAAAAGCUGAAGCAAAACCAUCCAAAUAGAGCACAUAAAGAAGAGGGGUGUUCAAAAUCUAUGCAAGGAAAUGAGCAAACCAAGAAGUCACCAAUUGAGAAAUUUGAUUUCACUGCUGCUACACAGCCUCGAGCUUUUUACCUCAACAAACCAGAUGAGAAUCCAAAUUCUUGGAUGUCUGAUUCAGGAACAGGACUGACUUACUGGAAACUGGAGGAGAAGGACAUGUAUCAGUCUUUGCCUGAGACUUUAGAGAAGAUGUUUGCACCGGCCCCCUCCACAGAUACAUCAUCAAGCCAGUCUAAUACUAGUAAUGAGAUGAAGCUACCAUCACUGAAGGAUAUUUAUCAUAAAAAACAAAGGGAAAACAAGCAGUUACCUGAGAGGAAUCUCACUUAUGCUUCCAACCCAAAUCAUCCACCCGAGGUGCUGACUCUAGACCCAACGCUGCACAUGAAACCAAAUCAGCAGAUUUCAGGGAUUCAACCACAUGGCUUUCUGAAUACCCUUGAUGACAGAAUAUCCUUUUCACCGGACUCUGUUCUAGAACCUAGUAUGUCUAGUCACUCUGACAUAGACUCGUUUUCACAAGCAAGUCAUAUCGCUUCUCAGUUGUCUGGAUUCUCAAAAUAUCCUUCAAAUACAAAACUUUCACCAGUGGACUCUUGGAAGAAUCAUGCUUUCCAAAAUGAAAGUAGGACCAGUUCCACGUUUCCUUCAGUAUAUACUAUUGGUAGUAAUGACAUCUCAGUCAACACUAUAGAUGAAGAAAACACUGCCCUGGUAACUUGCACCUCGGUCAGUCAGUCCCAGCUUCCAGGUACAGCCAACAGUGUCCCAGAAUGCAUUUCACUGACUUCCUUGGAAGACCCUGUGAUAUUAUCUAAGAUUAGGCAGAGUCUGAAGGAAAAGCAUGCUCGACAUAUAGCAGAUCUUCGAGCUUAUUAUGAAUCAGAAAUAAAUAUUUUGAAACAGAAAUUGGAAGAAAAAGAAAUUUCUGCUGUUGAAGAUUGGAAGAAAACCAAUCAAAUUCUUAUAGAUAGAUGUGGCCAGUUAGACAGUGCUCUGAACGAAGCUACUAGUCGUGUGAGAGCACUUGAAAAUAAGAAUAACUUACUGGAAAGAGAAGUGAGUGAUUUCAGAGAACGAUUCAAUGCAGCCAGCAGUGCCUCCAAAAUUUUGCAGGAACGGAUUGAAGAAAUGAGAACAAGUAAUAAAGAAAAAGACAAUACCAUCAUUCGACUGAAAUCUAGACUUCAAGAUUUAGAAGAGGCAUUUGAGAAUGCUUACAAACUCUCAGAUGAUAAAGAAGCAAGACUAAAACAAGAAAACAAAAUGUUUCAAGAUCUUCUAGGAGAGUAUGAGUCCCUUGGAAAAGAACACGAAAGAGUAAAGGAUACAUUAAAUACAACUGAAAACAAAUUGCUUGAUGCACAUACUCAGAUUUCUGAUUUGAAAAGAACAAUUUCAAAACUUGAAGCUCAGGUCAAACAAGUUGAGCAUGAAAAUAUGUUAAGUCGUCUUCAUAAUUCUAAAACUCCCAUGAGACCCUUACGUGCCAACACGCUAGCAACCGCAGACGUCAGCAGGCGGAAGUGGCUGAUACCCGGAGCAGAAUAUUCUAUCUUUACCGGCCAGCCUCUGGACACGCAGGAUGGUCAGGUGGACAACCAGCUGGAGGAGACCUGCACUCCUGGGUACCAUUCUCCUCUGGAAAAGGAUCCUUCGCUUGGAAGUUCAAGUUUAUUGAUAAAAAAACAAAGAGAGACUUCAGACGCACCAAUCAUGAAAGCUUUGAAAGAACUUGAUGAAGAAAAAAUAUUUAAAAAUUGGGGCACACAGACAGAAAAAGAAGACGCCUCAAAUAAAUUAGUGACUUCCCGGCAAGCUGACACUUCAGUCAACGCUGGUCAGUCCCCAGAGAAAGGUGCCCAGCAAAGACAAAAGCGAUUUCAUUCUGCUUCGCAGAGAUCGUCAUCUUUACCACCAUCAAAUCGUAAAUCAUGUGCUCCAACAAAAAGAGAGAUUAUGUUAACACCAGUGACUGUGGCUUAUAGUCCAAAGCGAUCCCCUAAAGAAAAUUUGUCCCCAGGAUUUAGUCAUCUGCUUAGCAAAAAUGAAAGCAGUCCGAUUCGAUUUGAUAUACUUUUGGAUGAUUUAGAUACUGUUCCUGUGUCUACAUUACAACGUACCAAUCCAAGGAAACAACUCCAGUUUCUUCCUCUAGAUGACUUGGAAGAAAAAAAAUACUCAGAAAAAGCCACUGACAUCCAUGUUGAUCAUAGCUCUUCCCCCGAACCAUUGCCAAAUGGGGUGAAGAAAGUCUCUGUGAGGCCAGCUUGGGAGAAGAGUAAACCGCUUAGCCAUGAACCUGGGCAGUCCACUUCAGCCACGUCACAGGGUAAUGACUUUGAGUACACGGCAAAAAUUAGGACUCUAGCUGAAACGGAACGUUUUUUUGACGAACUUACAAAAGAAAAAGACCAGAUUGAGGCAGCUCUAAGUCGAAUGCCUUCUACUGGAGGACGAACCACUUUGCAGACAAGAUUAAACCAGGAAGCCUUGGAAGAUCGUUUGGAGAAGAUUAAUCGAGAGCUGGGUUCAGUUCGCAUGACAUUAAAGAAAUUUCAUGUUUUACGCACCUCUGCAAAUCUUUGAGAUUUGUAGCCAUUAAAUUUUGAGACUUUUUUUUGCACUAAAGUAUAAUUAUGCACUCAGAAAAGGCAAACUAUUUUGUACUGUUUAUAAGCCUUCAAACCGUAGUUUUACAAUCAUGCUAUUCUUUACACUUGCUAUUUUAUACUCCAAAUGGCCACAUAUUUUCAAGAUAUUUUUGUUAUGCUCAGGAAUCUCUUGUAUAUUUUACUAUUUAAAAAGUAUUAUUUUUAAAUAGUAUAUGUCUCCAGUUUAUAUCAAGAAUAAGGAAAUGUAAACAGGGGAGGCAGCUUGUUUCUAAACAAAUAGUGUUAUCCUUUUACAGUUAACUUUGCACACCAAUUUUAUACACUUGUUCUACAUUGUGAAUAUGAUUCUUUUUUUUUAAAUAAAUGCUUAAGAACAGCUUCCAUAAUGAUAGACUAAUACAUGCUGAAUAUAAGAAAAGAAAAUUACAGCACACCCUGGAGUUAGUUGUUGAAGGUUUUUUAAAACGGUAAUGCAGGAGUUCCCGUCGUGGCUCAGUGGUUAGCAAACCCGACUAGCAUCCAUGAGGACGCAGGUUCGAUCCCUGGCCUCGCUCAGUGGGUUAAGGAUCUGGUGUUGCUGUGAGCUGUGGUGUAGUUUGCAGACACGGCUUGGGUCCUGUGUUGCUGUGGCUGUGAUGUAGGCCGGCAGCCGUAGCUCUGAUUAGACCCCUAGCCUGGGAACCUCCUUGUGCCGUGGGUACAGCCUAAAAAGCAAAAAAAAUAAAAUAAAAUCAUCCGUAAAAAGAAAAAAAAUUAAAAAAAAAUAAAGUGGUAAUGCAGUUCCUGUCUGAAAUGUUUUAGAAUAAAUAUUAGAAUAGUUAAUAAUGGAAAUAUUGAAAAUAACAAAAUAUUGGAAAGCUUUGAAGUAAGAAUAUCUCAUUUUGUUUCCCUUAAAUUUUAUCAUUUGUAAGGAAAGAGAAAUGAGAGCAAUGUAAUUCUCUAACAUUGUGAUGUAUAUAGUACUUUUCAGAAAGUUAAACAGUUGGAGAGCUGUAGCUUUCUGCCCAUCAUUCUGAAUGUAACUUGGGUCUCACACCCUUGACAAUGAGUUGAUAGAGCUUUCAUGAUGAAAUACGGGCCACCACUGAGUGAAGUUGUAAGAGCAGCCCUAGUUCCUGCAAUGUACAUGGCUUCUGUUGUCAGAGUCCUCACGAAGACAUUUUUAACCCCUUUCCACCCCUACCAAAAAGAAAAGCAACUUCUCCCUAAGUAGCUGCUGUGAGAACAGUAGGUUGAGAUCAGAGUGCCCUGCCCUGCUGGUUACUGGUCAGGGAACUUGUCUAGAUAGAGCUUGGUUCCUUUUGCUUGGCCUUGCCAGAGGGCUCCAGCCCAGUGCCUUGAUAGUGCCUCCUGGAGUAGCAUGUGGGCAGGAGACUGUGCCCUGAUUAGGAGCACCAGCAGGUAUUGUCCUGACCCCUGCCUGGUCAAGUCUAAGCUGCUUAGCUGCCCACUUUUUGGUGGCUGGUCAGGACCCAGUGCCCACAUGUUUGAAACUUGGUAUUGUUGAUAAACGGACUCAUUCCAGACUUUCAGCAUUGAUUCUCACUGAUCCAAAUUUUAAAGUUUGGUUUACUUUUGAGCUUUUUCUCCUUAUGUAGCUCUUAGUGGCAUGUAGUUACAGUGAGCCAAGCUACCCAUUAUUAGGGUAUGUGUAUGCCUUUGAGCCCCCUUUACCAAAGCCUGACCAAGCUGAGCCCCAGGCCUGGUGCCUAUAGCCAUGCCCCCAUCUCAGCUUGACAAGUUCCUGGCAAGGGGGGGCGGUCUGACAGCUGCCUCUCUUGCUCCUUCUCUCUGACUCAAACCUCUGUUCCCAACUCCUGCGACCUGUUAAAGACCUCCAGCUAAUCAAAAUUGCUCAUCAGCAGAACCAAGUGCCUUUAUUCUUGGUAUUUUUCCUAGCCUCAUUUCUUUUGAAUCUCCUAUAGUGAAGAAAAAGUUCAUUUUAAUCAAGCUCCAGUAUAACUUGUGUGAAGACUUAAUAAAGGGAUUGACUUUACAAUGAUAGCCCCUUUAAUGUGUUCCUAUACAUGGCAUUAAAGACUAACUUGAAAGUUAUUAGGAUAUUUCAUUGUUCCCUACUUUUAUUAUAAAAGUCUGUUACAGUCUUAAGAAUAGGAAAUUGUCAUUUCAGAAGAGAUUAGUUUUAUCUUGUCAAUGAGUUAUCUUAGAAGAAGAAAGGUAUUAAGCCCAUUUAAAACCCGUCUUCUGUGCCUCAGAAAACAUAUGCUUUGAUUUGUAAAGUGUAUAAUAAAUUGGAAUUAUCAGUCACUUAUUUAAAAAAAUUUUUUUGCUCUGAGGCUGUGAGGAAGAUGGCUUUCUUUCAGUUGUCUUUUCCUUUGGUAACACAGUACAAAUAUUCCAUUUAAAAAAAACAACCUAAAACCUGGAAAGGUGGCAGGCUUUAAAGCAGCUGUUGCCCAGGGAGGUAGACUACUUUCGUUGCUGGCUGGGGCUAAGCUGCAGUUGUUUGUAAAGAGAAUCUUCCACUUCUGGGAAGUGCCUUUUAAAAUGCAAACAGAGUUACUGCUCUCAGUUCACCCAGAUCUACCCCCUUCCUUUCCCAGAAAAGCCGCCUGAGGUGUCCCACAAGGGCCCCAAGUAGACAUAGCUACUGGGCAGCACUAGGACUGAUGUCACUAGAUGUAGCUACUGGGCAGUGGACAGGCAAGCCAGACAGACCUGGGUCCCACACCCUGCUCAGGCCUGCCUUCCUCCACUAGAAAAGAGAAGAUGAGGCGAUAAGAAGCUUCCUACCAUUGUGGGACAGCUUGUGAAGUGGCUGGUGUUUAGUAAGUUUUCAAUAAAUAGUCCGUUUCAGAUGUAUCCUGAGUACUAAGUAGGCUUUUGAAGUAGCAGUUUUAAUCCUUUUAUUAGAUAGAAAAGUAGACUGUGUCCCCCAGCAACUGACUUUAAAACCUGCCUUGAGUUGGUUGACAUUUGUUAGGUGGUCUAUGUUCUCUUUUUGCAAAAAAAAAAAAAGAGCUUUCUUGGAGUUAAAAUGAGCUUCCCUCUGGUGUGUGUGUGGUUUUUUAAAAAACGAGUAAUAAAAAAAUUGAUUACCUGUGUAAGUU